UUAACAUCCUGUGUGACUGUGCUGUACAAACAGGAUGCUGCUCCUCGGACACAUUCAGACAUCAACUGUGUCGGUCAGAGAACACGUUGCAGCUCUGCAUUCAUUUCUUCAUUGUCUGUGGGACAUUUUAUUGUUUCUUUACUUUUGGAACCAAACUAACCAUUAAAUAUUUCCUCCGGUUACCUUGAGAUAAAAUUCAACUUGAGGGUGAAAGGGAAGAACAUUGGAACAACCAAAAGGUAUGAACUGCUGUUAGUUACCAAGGAGGAACCCAUCUGACAAACAACAAGAAGACGAGAGACUCCAUACUGUUUACAGUGUUCAUAAGGGUUUUACUGUAUCAAACCAGAAGACGAGAGACUCCAUACUGUUUACAGUGUUCAUAAGGGUUUUACUGUAUCAAACCAACGUUCUACAGAGAUCCACCGGAACCAAACUAUUCUGACAAUUAUCUCAGUAGAUUUGACUGACGUUGGAGGAGAUGAGAUCUAUGUUUUCCCACCCUGCCGUCCUGUUCCUGUGGAUUCAGAGUUCUAGUGGAUGGAUGCAUCCUAAAUGCCAGAUUUAUGACAGUAGUGAAGACUUGGAACACUUUCCCACCUGGAUCUGCAGCCACAUACCUCAUCAUGCAGAACGUUACACUGCUGCCUGUCAAGAUGUCACAGCCAUCGAGGAGGAUCUACUUGGACUUCCCCCUAAUAUCAAUACCCUCUGCAUAUAUAUGACACAUGGUGAAAAUAGAUCCAUGUCUCUGGGCUUUUUCUCUCAGUUUCAGGAUCUGGAGUACCUGUACAUUAAGGGCUGUUUUACUCAAAUCCUUCCAUCUGGGAAUAGUCACCUUCCAAAUCUGCAACAUAUGUACUUAAGUAAUUGGGGAAUGGACUCAGAUUGCUGUGAUUGUCAUAUUGGGCCCCAUACAUUCAGAGAUCUCGUCAAGCUGAGUCAUUUGACUCUUUGGAGUUAUAGACUACCAGCAAUGUCCCCGGAAGUUUUCCAUGGCAUUCCUCAGUUACAAAGUCUCAUCAUUAGGGAACCCUAUUUAGAGGAUUUGUCAGAGAUAGCAUGUAGAAUUAUGAAUAUUAAGUCACUUGUUAGGUUAUAUGUAGACGCAACAAACAUACAAUCGUUAAACAUUUCGAACUGCUCCGUCUUAAACACCAACGAAAGCAUGACACCUCUUUUUAACAAGCUAGCAAGGGUUGACUUAUCAUUUGGUGAAAUAACAUAUAUAGAGGAAGGUUCACUGGCUUGGCUCCAGAACCUCACAAGGUUAACAGGGGCUUUCAGCCAGGAAGUCCUACUGCACCUUCCCCUGUCUGGGAUAAAACAAAUCCAGGUCUUCAGUUGCUAUGGGAUCAAUGUCAUUGAUAUUGAAAGUAUCUGUAAUGUUGUGUUUUUGCUUUCAAUCAAGAAAUUAUUUGUAAACAAUGCCAAUACAAGCAGCCUCUCCAUGUCCAGUGUUGAAUUGUGCACUGGGCUAGAAUAUAUGUAUUUAAGUGUACCUUUGUCUUUCCAUCCUACUACCCAUUUGGAAUGGAAUUUUAUUUCCAGUCUCAAAAACCUUAAUCAAUUAAAAAUAGUCGGCCUGGAAGAUAACAGACUUGAUAUUUGCUCCUUCCAAAAACAACCAAUAACAUGGUUAACAAAAUUCACUUUAGGGUUGAAAAAUCUAAUGCCUUUUGCUAAACAAUUUAUCUGUCUUGUUAAGCUGCAGUAUCUGGAUAUAAAACAGAAUUUAAUUUCAAACAUUGAAGACUUUGCUUUCCUGGGAUUAACGAAUCUGGAGUCCUUAGACAUUACAAGUAAUAACAUAACACAGAUAAAUGCAAACACAUUUUAUGGUUUACAUAGUUUGACAUGGUUAGACCUCAGGAACAAUCCACUUAUUCACAACAUUGAGGCGAUGUCUUUCACACACCUCAUGUCUCUUAGACAAGUGUUUCUCGGGCAAGUGAACAAUCCACUAACAGAACCUGUGAUCAAGCUGAAUCUGACACUUAUAUUUGGAGGAAUUCUGAGUCAACUGACUCAUCUGUACAUUAGUUCAGCUAUGAGGCCAAUGCAGUUGACUAUCGGCAGUAGCAUCACAUCUAAACAGAACCUGAGUCUCGAGCUCAAAGGCCAGACGGUGUCAUUUCAGGACUGUGACAGACCUUUCUUUCAGUCUGUAACACAUCUUCAUGCUGAUGCUGAAGAAUUCCUUUGUGGAUCUGAAUUCAUGGGGAAGUACUUCACGUCUGUGGAGACAUUUGAAUACAGAUCGAAGCUUUCAGCAAAAAGGGUUGAUUUAUCAUCAAUUAAUCAGCUGAUUCACCUGAGGAAACUGACUCUACGAGAGGUGGAUCUUUUAAUACAGCGUUCUGCCGACAUCAUUUUUCACAACUUGACCAAACUGGAGGUUCUGGAAAUGUACCACUGCAGGAUUUAUUCUUUAGAGGGGAGUUUAACUAAAGACUUGAAAUCUUUGAAAACAUUGUAUUUGCUUAUAGAGAACAUUUAUAAUGUAUUCUACAGCUUUACUGAACCUCUCUCUAGUCUUAAGCAUUUGACAUUUGAUAAUUUACAGAUGUUUUGCAGUUGUGACAAUGCUUGGCUCAUUACAUGGGCAAAGGGGUGCAGGCAGGUUGAAGUGAUCAUGCUUGGUCCGUAUGCUAAAACCGGUAUGUAUGCUUUGGAGGACUUGAUAUGCUUGUCGGACAAUGGAAUAGACACACCUAAUUUUGUCAAGUACACAGAAGCCAACUGCACAACAGAGGUUGGCUUUGUGCUCUUUGUUGCGACUGGCCUGGGAGUCCUGUUCUUCAUGCUGGUGGUGUUGGUCCAUAACCUGGCCGGCCCCUACAUCCUCCCCCUCUACCACAUCACCCUUGGCUGGUUGUUAGAAGCCAUGCGAUCCAACACCAGGGGGCGCUACCACUACGAUGCGUUUGUCUCCUAUAGCGGGAAGGACGAGCGCUGGGUGGUGGAGGAGCUGCUUCCCAAUCUGGAGCAGAGGGGUCCUCCUUUCCUGCGCCUCUGUCUGCACAGCAGGGACUUCCAGCUGGGGAAGGACAUUGUGGAGAACAUCACAGACAGCCUCUACCGGAGCCGCCACACCCUCUGCCUAGUCAGCCGCCACUACCUGCGCAGUAACUGGUGCUCUCUGGAGAUGAAGCUGGCCACCUACAGGCUGCAGGUGGAGCAAAGGGACAUCCUCCUCCUGGUCUUCCUGGAGAAGAUCCCCCCUCGCCGGCUGUCUGCCCACCACAGGCUGGCUCGCCUGCUGAAAACCAGGACCUAUCUGGACUGGCCCCAGGAUCCCCUUCAGCACCAGGCAUUCUGGGACAGACUGUGGGCUAAACUGAAACCUCUGUCUGAAAUGUGAGGUCAGAGGUUGAUGUACUGUAAGACAUUCUGGACUGAAAUGUGUCAUCAGAGGUUAAUGUGGGACAUUGUGCUAGUGCAGAUGUAAUGUUGACACAUAUGUUGAGGCAUUUGUCGUUUAAAGUACUCCGUACAAAUGUCAACCACUAUUUGGGAUUUGUUUUGACAAUUCUGGUGAAGUCCUUUUAAAUAUUCUACCUGUAGUGUACUUUUUAUGAUUCUUCUGAAAUAAUCCUGUUUCAAAAUCCAAUGCAUUUUUUUUACUUCCCCAAGUUUGAACAGAUUCUGUUUGUAUUUUUCAACACCUAAUCGCUAACCCAUGUCUUUGUUUGUAAAUGUGUUGCUAAGAGGAACUGAAAAAGGGAUUUAGCUCUGUUUCUGUUUUACUUCAGAUAACAACUACUUUACGCUGCUGUGAAUAACAAUAUGUUAAUGACCAAUGACCAUGAACCAGUUAUUAAUGACAAUACAUUAAUGACCAAUGACCAUGAACCAGUUAUUAAUGACAAUACAUUAAUGACCAAUGACCAUGAACCAGUUAUUAAUGACAAUACAUUAAUGACCAAUGACCAUGAACCAGUUAUUAAUGACAAUACAUUAAUGACCAAUGACCAUGAACCAGUUAUUAAUGACAAUAUAUUAAUGACCAAUGACCAUGAACCAGUUAUUAAUGACAAUAUAUUAAUGACCAAUGACCAUGAACCAGUUAUUAAUGACAAUACAUUAAUGACCAAUGACCAUGAACCAGUUAUUAAUGACAAUACAUUAAUGACCAUGAACCAGUUAUGAAUGACAAUAUAUUAAUGACCAAUGACCAUGAACCAGUUAUUAAUGACAAUACAUUAAUGACCAAUGACCAUGAACCAGUUAUUAAUUACAAUACAUGACCAAAGAUGAUGAACCAGUUAUUAAUGACAAUACAUUAAUGACCAAUGACCAUGAACCAGUUAUUAAUGACAAUAUAUUAAUGACCAAUGACCAUGAACCAGUUAUUAAUGACAAUACAUUAAUGACCAAUGACCAUGAACCAGUUAUUAAUGACAAUACAUUAAUGACCAAUGACCAUGAACCAGUUAUUAAUGACAAUACAUUAAUGACCAAUGACCAUGAACCAGUUAUUAAUGACAAUACAUGUCACGUUCUGACCUUUAUUUCCUUUGUUUUGUCAUUAUUUAGUAUGGUCAGGGCGUGAGUUGUGGUGGGCAGUCUAUGUUUGUUUUUCUAUGUUUUGGGGUAUUUCUAUGUUUCGGUCUAGUAUGGUUCUCAAUCAGAGGCAGGUGUCAUUAGUUGUCUCUGAUUGAGAAUCAUACUUAGGUAGCCUGGGUUUCACUGUGUUUGUGGGUGAUUGUUCCUGUCUCUGUGUUUGCACCAGAUAGGACUGUUUUUGGUUUUCCACAUUUAUUGUUUUGUUAGUUAUUUCAUGUCUAGUUCCUUUAUUAAAGAACAUGAAUAACCACCA